AUGUUUCGCACUUCCGGGAUAGCAAUACGCAUCGCCCGUGCCCCAUGCGCUUACGCAGGGACUUGCCAUGGAGCUGGACGUGGGGACUGUGGGGCUGGGUCUGCACUCAAAGCCCUCUGCUAUUCAGAAGGGAAGCGAGACCCACUAAAAGACUUCAGCUUUCCACACGCCCUUAAGUUCGGCACUCGGGCAUCCGCCAAGGCAUUCAACCCAAUCCGACAUACAGCCCAAUCAACACCAGCUACGCUAAUCAGCCUCGGAUGGAUGCAUGGGCGCAGUAAGAAGACCCAUGGAGUUCUAGCGUUAGUAGUAUUCUAUCAGAUCUCACGGGCAUCCUUUCUAUAUUUACUACUGUAA